UAAUUAAAAUUUUUUCAGAGCUCUGGCAUCAUGGAGCAGAGAAUCAAAAUGAAAGAACUCAAUGAGUUUAUAACUUGUAGUAUUUGUUCUGGAUAUCUUAUCAACGCAUCAACAGUCACGGAAUGUCUGCAUACAUGUACGUUGAAUGCUAGAAACUUCUAUAUAUAGACCAUUUAAAACAUAGCACAGUCGACCGUAUCUCGGUAUAUACCUCACCAACAAAACGUUUAUUGCAAAAUUGGUAUUUAUUUUAGUUUGUCGUAGUUGUAUUGUGAAACAUUUAGAAGAAAAUACACAUUGUCCAAAAUGUGAGAAAGUUAUUCAUCAUAGUCAUCCAAUGAAUUAUUUAAGGUACGUGCAUUGAAGGCAUAUGGUUCAAAUUUGGGCCGAACUUGAUGAUGUAAAGUCAAUGUUUGAACUCAUUUGCAGUAUGUUAGGUAUAUGAAAAGUUGGACGAUUGAAGUAGGCCUAAAUACCUAAUGUAUAUGUUUUGGUUUUGUUUCUUUGACUGAAUCAUAGCGAGUGCUGUCGUUAAUAUCACACCAUCGAAAUUAUCACAACUUUAAUUAUAAUUAUCACAAUCAUCACCAUGCAAUAACAUCACUAUCACCAUUAUCACCAUGCAAUGUCAUCACUAUCACCAUCAUUAUCACCAUGCAACCAUUAUCAUUACUAUCACCAUUAUCACCAUGCAAUGUCAUCACUAUCACCAUUAUCACCUUCCAUUAUCAUUACUAUCACCAUUAUCACCAUGCAUUGUUAUCACUAUCACUAUCAUCACCUUCCAAUAUCAUUACUAUCACUAUCAUCACCAUUAUCACCUUCCAUUAUCAUUACUAUCACCAUUAUCACCAUGCAAUGUCAUCACUAUCACCAUUAUCACCUUCCAUUAUCAUUACUAUCACCAUUAUCACCAUGCAUUGUUAUCACUAUCACUAUCAUCACCUUCCAAUAUCAUUACUAUCACUAUCAUCACCUUCCAAUGUCAUCACCAUAAUCACUAUGCAAUGUUAUCACUAUCACCAUGCAAUAUCACUAUCACCAUCAUUACCUUCCAAUGUCAUCACUAUUACCAUACAAUGUUGAACGUUAUCACUGUCAUCUUUAUCACUUUCCAAUGUCAUCACUAUCACUAUUACCACCAUGUAUCAUCACUAUCACCAUCCAUGAUCGCUUCCUCGCCAUCAUCAUUUCACUAUCAUUAUUAUCACGGACACCACCACCAUCACAUGACCAUCAUCAUCCCCAGUAUCACCAGCACCAUCAUUAUCACCAUACAGUUCAUACAUCACCAGUACCACUAGCUUCAUUAUAAUGUCAUUACCAUCAUUAUUAUCACCAUCUGCACACAUCCAUCAGUAUUGCGAUGACAAACCAUUUUCCCCCUUUAUUUCUUGCAGAUUAGAUAGAACAAUGCAAGAUGUAGUAUAUAAACUAGUCCCAAGUUUACAAAACAGUAAGUACAACUGCUGUGUUUUCGGAUUUUUUGCCGUUUAAUCGUUUCCAUGUAAUGAACAAUAUUGGAGUUAGGGUAAAUUGUUUUUGAGUAACAACAGGAUUUAAAUGUGGUCUAAAUUCUUGCUUCGCGUCGUUUGUAGCCUAUCAGUUAAGAUAAGUUUGUAAGAUGUCAGUUCCAAAUUGCUGUUUCAUCGUUUGUCAAGUAUCGGUUAGGAUAAUUUGUAUGAUGUAGUCAGUAGGAAAUACAGGCAAAUGUACGUAGCAAUCACCAAUAUUCCCAAGGUUUGAUAAAGGAUGCAACUUUCUGAAAAUACAGAAAAAAGUUGGGGAGUUUCGAAUGUCCAUCAGAAAGUCAGUUAACCAAAUUCCGACCCUCUAAUAAUAAGAAUAUCAGUGCUCAGUAAUUAAGAAUAUAGUAAAAUUAAGAAUAUUUUUAUGGCUGUUUAAUUCUUCUUCAAAAAUAUUUGUGUUUGUAAGGAGAGAAGAAGCGAGAAGACAAAUUCAAAAGAAAAAACAAUCCAACGGCAAAAAGUAAAGGUAUGUUUGGAUUUUGUACACUUGCCGUAUUUAAAUUGAACAGGAAACUGUGCAUCCUUCUGACGUCAGGGGCGUAGCCACGGGGGGAAAUGGGGGCUCCGGACCUCCCACGCCCCUCCACUUUUCUUCAGGACCAAUUUUGUAAAAACUGAGGAGAGACUAGAGGGGGCGUAACCUCGUAAUGUUUUCAUCUCUGACAUAAAAUUUACCAAACCUGUGGCUUUCAUAAAACCUAUCUAAAAUUUUCAAUAAAAGUCAUAACAAUAGAUAUAUUUUUUGUAUCGGAACACACUAUAUCAUCAUUUGCAAAAAUAUUGUGCGGUUGUUCUUAUGUCCCUUAUCUAGCCAAAAGUCACAACUCUUUGUUAAGCAAAUCAUAUAAACGCAAAAAUGAUUACCACAGGAAUGAUGAACAAGUUGCAAUUUGUCUGGAAUGUCAAAGGUAAUUUUUCUUUAUUUUAAGAAACUGAGAAAACUAUAGAAUACUGUAUGGAACAUUGUUUCCUAGCCUUUUUUUCCGAAGGUGAACAAACCAGGAUUAAUAUCGUUAUUGUUUCCCAGUCACGUCUCUCAAAGAUCCACCCUGCUGGCAGAGCCUAUUUCGCGAAGUAAAAUAGGCUCCGCCAGCAGGGUGUCAAAGAUCAUGGGAAAACCAGGAAACAUAUUGUUCCCUAGGCUACAUUUACAUUAUACUGGAUAGCUUGCGGCAGCAGCGCGAAAAAGCACCUGUCCGAUACGGAAUGUACAUUACAAUAUUCAGAAGCUGAGCGAAACAACAUCUCUCCGUUGUAAUAAUUCCUUUGAAAAUAACGUUCUUAAAAGGUACGGAUAAGUGUUUUUUACAUUUACAGUACACGUAAUCUUAAUUAGCAUUAUUUAUCAAUGUAUACUUCCCGUAGGUGGGCAAACUGGGUGCACUUUCAUGAUAGGACGCUGCUGGCCAGUGCUAUAGGUUCGGUAUGCUUGGCUGCUCGCCCAGCACACCCUAAAAAAACUUGUUUGAUCCACAUAAAUAACUGAGAUCAUCUGAUAAUCUGCAUUACAUUUUUAUAUAUUUCUUCAGUAUUUAAGGUAUUGACUGUUGUGUCUUUUGUAGGCUGCCUGAGAACAAAAGGUCAAUACAGGUUGGGUUCUUUAAUAUUUGUCCUCUUUGAACUGCAUAAUGUUAUCAAUCCACUGAAUUAAAAACGUUUCUGUAUUUUAGCCACUGAAAAGAAAGUAUCUAAGAUUGUCAUCGCAAGCAACUGUCCAAAUUCUUAGAAAAUAUGUUGCAAAGAAAUUAAAAUUAAAAAGUCACACAGAUGUAAGUAUAUAUAAACAACAAUAAUAAAAACAUUGUUACGGCACGAGUAACUUAUAUUGUGAUUUUCCCUGAUUACUACUGUAAUUUAUACUAAUGUUAAAGUAAAAAUGAAAAAGCUAUUAGCCCAGAGCAAACUACACACUUAAAAAUCUCAUAUCUUGUAGCAUUUGCCAACAAGCCAUCAACAAGUUGUGUUCGCACUGCUUGUCCCAAGUUGUCAACAAGUUUGGAAGAAGCUGUUAACAACUUGUAACAACCUUGUUGAUAUUGUCAGAUUCGUUGCAGGGUUGUGAACAAGCAAUGCGAACACAACUUGUCGACAGCUUGUGAACAGAUUUGUGUAACAACUUUUUUGCAGACCUGUACCAACUUGUGCGUUAUUAGGUAAGGAACAACGUGAUCAAUCCGGGGGGGCGGAGAGGACGCGCCAUUUGGGCGGCAUACGUAAUAUAAUCUAUAAUAAAUUACGUCAUUUGGCCGGCUUCGUGCCCCGUCCCCCAACGCACACUUUUUGGAAUGGGUUUUCACAUUUGAUAAGGAACAUUGUUUCAUAUCCAUCCAUGUUUUCCGAACGUAGGAAAACUAGCGACAUUGUGUCUGCAAUUAAGAACUCAAACUUGCAUGGUAAAGGAAUAUGUUUUUUAAGUUUGUUAGAAAAUAUUUUUGCUUUCUUGGUUUCCAAGGGUGGGAAAACGGUGGAUGAGUCCAGGGUGGGUCUGUCACUGUGUUUCCUAGCUUGUCCUUUAAGAAGCUUCUUCAUAUAUGUGUACUUAUUAGAAAAUCGUUUAUUUUAUGCCAUUUAGAUAGAUAUAUUUUGUAAUGAAGAGCUAUUAGGCAAAGAUCAUACGUUGAAAUUUAUCAUUCUUACACGAUGGAAAUUCAAG